UCUCGAUAUUUCAUCAAAAGCAAGCAGCUCCAAGAUAUAGCAAGUUGUAACGACCUUGUCUCUCUCCAGGCCAUUGUAUUCAAGAACCUCUUUCUUAUAUAUACCACCCGAACUCCAUUCUGUUAUACUUACCUUUGUACCUCUAUGUCGGUCGCCCUACGGAUGGGACUUCAUAGGUCCUUUCAUAACACUCAGGAUUUAAUAUCUCGAGAAAUAAGUAAAAGGGUCUUUUGGGCUUUGAAGCUCCUCUCCUCCGAGGUCUCCACUUGCGUGAAUGAUGCGGUGCUGAAAGACAUCUACCCUCGGAAGGGCCGAACAAGUGUUGAGGCUUGUGGAUCGAUGAACUACACGGUCAGAGUAGAUACAAUUCGGGAAAUCGAGCAAGAACUAGAAAAAUGGGCGAAGAAGAUACCCCUGGGUUACCGACUAGGGAUGUAUUACCAAGAUCCCGCUAUACAGCGAGCCCAGUUCGUUCUCGCAUUGACUUACUCCUACGUACAACUCCGCCUCUAUAGACCGUUUCUACACUAUGACAUUGAAACCAUUGAGCAAACAAAACUUCGACUUAGCACAGGCUUAUCUCCCUGCGCGUCCGCUUGCAUUCAAGCCUGCCAGAAUAUCAUUGAACUGUGCGAAGAUAUGUGCAGAUGGGGAUUCCUCACUGAAGCUAGUUGGCCUGCAAUACGAAUCUUGACUAGCUGCAUGCUGACUCUCCUUUACAUAACGAUUAUGCACCAAGAUCCCCAUGAGGAAGUCGUGCUGCUCAAGUCGUUGGCCACGGGAAGAAAACUCCUCAAUAUUAUGGAGAAGCGAAGCUACCAAGCCCGACGAAGCAAGACCAUCUUCAAGGCAAGAAAAAUAAAGUAA